AUGAGCCAAGACUUCUGGCAAGACUGCCUCCAAUUGUUCCUACAAGCGGAGAUAUGCAGUGAUGCAGCAGUUGUCACCAACCGUCCACCCUGGCUAUUAGCUUCUUGCCCCGAAGGCAACUUUAUCCAGAUGACCCAGGAAGAAGUUCAGACCUUACUGGCAAAAGACCAGCGAGAAAAGCUGUUUCUCCAGGAAGUCACCCUUGCUGGGAUCAAAUGCCUGCUAAUCCGAGACAACCUGUUCACCGAGGGUAACAACAGCAUGGACCUGCGUACCAAAGAUCAAAGCAGAAGUAGCCAGGCUGUGACAGUAGUUCAGAUGGGAUCUGUGUACCUUGUGGUGAUGGGGAAAAGGGGGACCGAAGGAGGACCUCUCAAUCUCAAAGCUUUUGAGAUAGCAGGCUACAUGAGAGAGGCCAUUCUUAAACGAAUUUCCCGCUGCUAA